AUGCAAAAGUAUUGCAAGGAGACGCCAGGUAUCGACGACCUCGACCGCUGGCCUCCGGACUCGGGCGGGUUUGCUUUCCUGGUCGCAAUCGAAUCGGCGUCGUCCAUCGACGAGUUGCAAAACGUUGGUAGUGCCCGCCGUUUGGUAUUCGCAUCCCUCUGUGGCCACGUUUCUCACUGGUACUUGCAGCAUCCGCUCUUGAGACACCGCGACACCGACUGUCUCCUCGGUCUACUCAGUCUUGCACGUGUGUCAGUCUUCCCAAGAGAUUUUCAGCAAUCCAUUCUUUCCAAUCCAUUCUUUCCAACCAAUUCUUUCCAAUCCAUUCUUUUCGUCUUGUUCUUCCAUGCAACACGCGCGAAAUCAUUUUCCGCGCCCUUCUGCCACCCUGACCACGACUUCGUCAUGGAUUGGGUCACCACCUUGUACGCAAUCUGCCUUGCAAGCAUGACUGCCGGUCUCGUUCUUGUGAACGUCUUGUCUCGCACAAGCAGAGCUCGAAGACGACUCGCGCAUCUGCUCGAAAAGCACUUGCUAUAUCGACUUCUAGUUCAUCGUCAUUCUUUAUUCGGUCCUUGGAACGUCGUGUCCUUGCUGCUUCCAGCAGUGUACAUGGGCGUCAACGCGUUCUGCCUGGCAUUCCGACCGUCAACCUUUCUCUCUCGCUCGGGGAACCUGGCCCUCCUCAACACACUCCCACUGUUUGCCAGUUCCUGCUUAGACUUUACCGCAGACAUACUGGCUUUACCUUUUCGGCACUACGCGGCGAUGCACAGGUGGCAGGGUCGCGUAGCAGUGAUGCUUCUUGCGGCCCACAUCGUCAGUGCCAUGCAGAACGACAAGUAUCAGGUCCAGGUCCCGGAUAGCAUCAACGAGCUUCUCCUGCUAGUUGGUUCAAUCGCAAUGGUGGCAGCGGCGACAAUCUCCUUUCUACCCUUUUUCCGCCGUCGCAUCUACGAGCUCUGUCUGAGAACCCACCAAGCACUUGCUGCGCUGGCAGCGGUGGGGGCCGCGCUGCACCUACUAUCGGUUGCUGGCCGGCUUAGGCUGUGGGUGUACAUCUACCUUGCUGUGACGACACUGGCAACCUUGGUCCAGGGCUGCUUGAUGGCUUUUCGCAACAAGGCUUUGGGACAGACGUUUGGACGAGCCUACAUCGACCACGUUACGGGAACCGUGCAGGUAUCAAUCAAGCUGUCGAGGCCACUUAAGUUCGAGGCGGGACAGUACCUGUUGUUGUGGAUCCCGAGAGUCCGACUGUUUGAGUGCCAUCCCUUCGUCGUGACUUCGUGGGCCGAAGCGGAGCAAAGCAUCGUCGAUCUCUUUAUCAAGCCCCGACGAGGAUUUACUUCCAGCCUGGUCCGAUAUUCUCACGGGCACGUCGUGCCCCGACUGGCCCUCUUCUCUGGGCCACACGGCGUCAGCGUGCCGGUGUGGGACUAUGAGGCGGUGCUCAUGGUGGCUACGGACCACGGGAUUUCUGCCCAGGCUCCGUACCUGAGGAAGCUUGUGUACGGAUACAACCACUGCAGAGGCCGCACGCGGCAGAUACACCUUAUUUGGCAGGUAACCAACCUUGGUAGGUCCAAGGAAAACGCGCACUCGAUACGUCAUUUGCGGACUGACUAUACCAGGGAUCGUACAUGCGGCCGAGUCAAUCCUCAACCCCAUACUGAACGAUGACACGCUCGACGAU